AUGGGCCUCCAGUUUUCUCUCAUCCUUACCUUCCACCGUAUUCAUUCUCAACUCAGACGACUCAUGAGCGACCAGCCUCCCGAAUACUCCUGGGCCGACAACUUUUCGAAGGAACGCGUAUCUUACAUAGGCCUUCCCGUCGAUACUGUCAUCAAUGACUACCAACACCGGGGCUGGCUCGCGCGCGACCUGUACAUUAGCGUGCUUAAAUUCUACAAGCACGACAAAGGCGUCGAACACGAGUUCUUAAUCGGUACCGUCGUUAACUCUGCUGGGAAGGAGGUCGGAUUUAUCUUGGUCGAGCGCCAAGGAGCGAGGAUUGGUCGGGGUGCUUCCGCGAAGCCAUUGAACGCCGCAUUGGGUUCUUCCGGUAGUACUGCUGCUCCUCCUGCCAAUGACGUUCUGUUUAUGGGACGAAAACGUGGCGCUCUGCUUUACCUCGCCGGUCGCACUGCCAGGUCUACUGUACACGGCUCAUACACAGUGCCGCCGGAAGAGCGUGCAGAAUCCGUCGCCUCCCUCCUUGCGGCUUGUUUUGUUGCUCACAAAAUUAAGGAGAAGUAUGAUGCCUUCGAGACUAACUGUUAUUGGUUUGCCGGCGUAGUGUACAAUCUGGUUACGGGCGACAACAUCAAUAUCAACUCGGACAGCACGCGCACAGUGCCGAUUGUGCGUGAUGCUCUGCCCGCGGGUGAUACUCAAGCCGAGCCUCGCUCUCUUCCCGAGGAGGAUAUCCAGGUUGAGCCUCGUUCUCUUCCCCCCCAGGCAGGUGGUGCUCAGUCUGAGGAUAAUAUUCAGGACGAUUCUCAGUCUCGGGUUCCUCAGCGCUCGAAAAUAGGGCACUUUGGAUCGCUUACCAUUGUUCGUCCUGCGGACAUCAGAGCUGAUGCGGAUGAGAUACGGGCCGACUUCAGGAAAAAGAGGGAAGAAAUAGUGAGUGCACAGAAGUACUUUGGGAAAUGGCCGGAGGAGUUGGCGCAUCAGACGGCCAGGGCGAACAUGGCGGACGCGAGAGCGGACACAGCGGAGAGGCUGAGAAAGGAGAAGAUCGCGAGGGCAGACACGUUGGCGAAGGAGAACGCGAGAGCAGGCGCGAGGGUAGACAGGUUGGCCAAGGAGAAUGCCGAGAUGGCGAAGAAACUUGCACAGCUUCAAGAGGCAUACACCAAAGAUGCAGCUGGUGCAUCGGGUGUGACGGAAACGCGCACUACGCCUCCGUCUAGUCGUUCCAGCAUGGCUUCCGCGUCUAAGAGAGCUGUCUGA